UUUUUUAUUUGAAAAGGGCCUAAGUUUAAUGAGCCGUGUACGUGUUGCAGAUGCAGCAAUAAAUAGAGAACAACAAGCAUUUUUCAGUAAAUACGGUAUAAGUACAACAAGUUGUGGGGGUGAUACACAAAAUCAAGUGGAGGAAAAACAAGAUAAUAAUGCAGCUAAUAACAAUAGAGGAUUUCUGUGUUUGAAAAAUGUUAAUUUAAGUGAAGGUGAGAGGUUUUGCUGUUUGGCAACAUUAUAAGGCCCUC